AUUUUGGCCAAUCUAGUGAUGGAGACCCUCCACCCAGAGCUGAGAAACAUUAUUGCUCCCCGUCUGAAGGGGAAGAUGCAGCAGAGGCAGAGGCACUGGAUGUUGAUCUCUGAUGCAGUGUACAGGCAGGUGUUGUCUCAGACCACCGGGCAGUAUGACGCACUGGUCGAAGCCUGUGAAGCCCAGAGAGUGCCACUGGACACCAGACUGCGAACUGACAUGGACCAGAUCAUCACGUCUAAAGAACAUGUCAGCGGAAAGAUACGAG